CAUCCCCGUCUGCCCUGCCUGCCUGCAGGUCUGCCUGUCUGUUUGCCUCCCUCCCUCCCUCCCUCCCUGGCUGUCUGUCUGCUUGCUUGCCUGUUCGUUCGAUGGGCAGAUGAUGUCACAGUGGUACCCGCAUUCCACUGACAUCCUUCUCUCUGCGAUGUGUCAAUCGGCUCCACCGCAUUGAAGGAGAUUGCGCUCUUCGGAAAACCGAUUGCGAGCUAAGAAUGCGAGCGUUCGAAGAGUCUGCACUAAUUAUGGAGAUCUGGAAUUCUUCGUGCUCUGCAGAGGCUGCUGGUGGUGAUCUGCGCCAGAUCCAUGAGUUUUCGCGGUUUCCCUCAUCUCAUCGGCGGUUAAUGACCACAUCUAAGUGAUCAGGAUGAUUGUCGGCGUCUUCUCUUGCUUGUGGAUUCAUCUAAGUGCUCUAAUGGUGCUGUCGGUGGCUGGCCUGUUCGUCCCUCCUGCCAUCGCAUUGCCCAUCUCGACCCUCCGAAGGCCGGCUCCCUCAUUCCUCUCCUCAUCCAUCCCCUCACGCCGCUUCCAAAGGCCUAGGCCUGCAUUGUUAUCGGUCACCCAUCGCACUCGCACCAGGCGUCGCCGUCGAUGGCUGGUGGCUCGCGGCUACGGCGAUGCGGUCGUGUACAAGUGGGCUGAGAACGACGAGGCCGUCGAGCUGUCGCUCAUGGUGCCCGCAGCGACCAGGUCGACGGAUGUGGUGUGUCAGAUCACCCCCGACACGCUGUUCCUCAAGCUGAGGACGGCGCAGGCGCCGAUCAUCGAGGGCAGGCUUAAGGGUCGCGUGAUGGUGGAGGACUCCUUCUGGACGCUCUCUAGCGAGGAUCAGCAGGACCAGCUGGCAAAGGUGCUGGGCGAGCGGCCGCCGAAGCCCAGGAACGAUCUCGUGCCCAUGUCGCCAACCCACCGCCAGUCACUCAAGGACAUGGGCUUAGGCGUCCCUGCUUCUGCCGCCGCAACGGACACCGGCAGCUCCAGGCCGCUAUACCUGAAGCUGCACCUGACCAAGAAGGACCGGCUGGACGAGUGGUGCGGUGUGAUCAAGGGCGAGACAGCCUACGAGCGGGCGUAUGACGAGCUGCCUGGGCUUAUCCAGAAGGCACCGUCGCCCGCCGCUUGGCACGCGUGGCCGAGCGGCCGUCCGCUGCUGACUCUGCCGCUCGCUGAGUUUGACAGCAACGACGUGGUGGCGUGGCUGCAGUCGUGGGCCACCACUCAGUCCAGGGAAAUGAGCCGCCUGUUGAGCAGGAAGGCCGCCACCAUGAGCAAGGAACAUGAAACCGACGACGUGAGCAGGGGUGCGGGGGACUCAUUGUCUUCGUGUGUGCGUGAUGUGUGUGUUUUGUCUCACCCUAGGGUGACUAUGAGGCGGAGCUGGGUCUGCCGCAGACCUUCCUAGAGGUCACCCCAGAGGCCCUCGACGACGGCGUGCGCCUCUUCAUCGAGAGCGACGGAGAAGACCACGUCGACAUACUCGCCAUCGACUCACCGGAGCUCGAGAAAACCACAACGGCUGCCGACGACCAGGCCGCCGGCUGCACGAUCGUCGUGUUGCGCGGUCCGAAGGCGACGGGCCUCAGCGGUCGGCACGGCGCCCGUACAGCCGCCUCCGUGCAGGACACGGAGCAACGACUGCUGCGGAAGCUGCAGCACGACGUCAAGGGGGUGUGGUCUGAAGGGGACUACGACUUCGAGAUAGGUCUCGACAAGUAUGGAAGACCACUGCCGAGGUGAAGAGAUAACACACACAUCCUCGAAUCAAUCAACCCACCUGUCUGUCUGUCUGUCUGUCAGGUCUCCCGCAGAGCUGAUGCCGCUGUACCUGGGCGACCCGAAGAAGCGCGAGCCCGUCCCUGAGGGCUUUCCCGGCAACGCCAUCUCCCGCCCCAUCAAGCCAGAGCUCCUCAACGCCGACGGCACCGUCAAGCUGCCCGAGGGCGCCCCCAUCCAGAACAGGCGCAAGGUGACGACUGGUCGGCUGCACAAGGAGUGGAUGGGUGAGGAGCGGCAGAGACAGAGGCAUGACGACGGGGUGGAGAGGGGCCUGGAGGGGGACUUGACGGCUGACGGGAUGGGAGGUGGCAUGGGUGGGCUCGCUGUGGGAAUGGGUGAGGAGAUGCGGAAGCUGCGUGAUGAGCUGAGGCCCAAGUGGAUCGAUAAGAGGAAGGACUGGCGGCCGGAGGUGGGUGGGUGGAGAAGUGGGGUGGAGGGGUGGAGCGGUCAUGUGUGUGUGUGUAUGUGUAUGUGUAUGUGUACAGGACAAGUUGGCGAUGCAGAAUGUGUCAUUGGAGCUGUUUGACGAGAAGUACAAGCUGCUGCAGGGAGGGCCGCCACUGCCUCUAAUACAGUAAGCUGACCUGAGCUGACCUGUUAGGGCGCCACACCGGACUCAUUUACACCGGACUCAUUUGUUCUUGUGUGCUGUGUCUCCGACUAACACGCAGAGAGAUAGCCAAUGUGACCAAGGGCAGCUACGGCAAGACCGACGACGAGUUCCAGGAGCUCUGGAAGUCAGCACAUGCACAGAUGCACAGAUGCACAGCACGCACACACGUUCUGCCUAUGUCUGUCUGUCUGUCUGGGUGUGUCUCCAGGGACGGCAUCAAGCGCGUCGAGGAGGACGGCAGCAUCAAACGGUCCACCGAACUCGCCAAAUUCCAGGUAGGCAUUCAGCGCCCUCUCCCCACUCACACACGGUACAUGUGUUCCGUGAUCUGCAUGACGCAGGCCAUGCGCAAGGGUGCACUGAUGGGCCACCACCAAGAGCAGGAGACCCUUGAACAGCAGGGGCAGCCCACACGCUCUUCCAUGGCACAAGGCGACGAGUUCGAGGACGACUACAUGCUCUUUGGAACGGUGGUCGACUUUGUGUCGGGCUCGGCGGCGCAUCGGCAGCGUCAGUCCGAGUAUCUGAAGCAGUACGCCAUCUACACCAACAACACACUGGACCCCGACACGCACAAGCAGCUGAUGGCCAAGGUGGAGGAGAGGCAGAGGCGUCUGCGGCAGGAGCAGGGCUACUAUGACCCGGAUGACCUGCCCACUGGUCAGACAGACCGAGACACACAGCGAGAGGGGAUGGAUGGUGGGUGCAUGGUGUGUGUGUCUUUGAGUGCAGUUGAGGAGCGUGCGAGAGAGUAUCAGGCGCUCGAUCCUGGCGCAAAGAAACGGAUCACAGAGGAGUGGACCAAAGAGGUACGUGCGCAGGCAUCCCAUCCAUCGCAUAGAUGCAGACAGACACAAGAUGGAUGGCAUGCAAUGCAGGCUGUCCGGUUGGAGCUUUUGUUGAACGAGCUGCUGACGACCGAUUCGUCCCUGUGGGAAACCAUCUGCGAGCAGUACCGAGACCUCCUCCUCUCAGACCGCUUUGUCCCACUCAUGAGACACAGACUCGAUGUCAAACCCCCCAAAACCGCCCACGAAAGACGAGUACGCACAGACCACCUGAAUUGACAGAGAUGCACAUGGGUGUGGCUGAUGUAACUGAUGUCUGUCAGGUGUUUCGCAAGCUGACGGAGAUCGUGCUGGACAUGCUGCAUUACAUGGAGGUGUGCUGGGUGUGGCUGGAGAAGCAGCAGCUGCGCAAGAUCCAGAUGAUCUGCGAGCAGGCCAUCCGCGACGACACGCGGCUCAACGAACUGGCCGAGAGCAUGAAGCCCCUGUUUGACAGGGACUUCUUCGGCUACCUCCACUAUGCUAUGGAGAGGGAAAGGGAGAUACUCGUCGAGAAGGGGUAUGACCCCAACCUCGAGCCGACCCCGUGGCUCAUGGUGCUCAUGAUCAUCGAGCAGGGCGUCUCCAAUGUCUUUCAGAAAGAAGUCUCAGAGGUGCAUGUGCCGUAGACCAAUGCCUGCGGCACCCUCUUGUGUGUUGUGCGUGUUGCAGGAGGUUUAUCAGAUCAGCCACCUGGUGUCGCAGCGCUACCCCGACAUGCGCAAGUCGAUGCUGGAGCUGCUCAUCGCCAAGACGCCCAAGGGCGAGUGGGCCAAGUUCAAGAUGGUCGUGCGCAACAUCUGCGACUACUGGGACAGCAAGAUCCGUGCCGGCCAGCCCGUCCCUCUGCCACAUCUUACCGAUGCGAUUCGACAGCUCUCGGUCGAUAUCGAGGUGAGUUGGUAUGAUGAGUGCACCGAUACAGAGGGCUCCGUGUGUGUGUGUGUCUGUGGCAUCCCUCUCGCUUCUGCAGGCGUUGCUGCCCGACUUCAUGAUAUACGGUCUGAUGGACGACUUCGACUGGGAGGUCCACAACAUCACACAGGUACGCGGACCCCCUCCCCCCCCCGCCCCCCCACACGCGCGACACCCAUCCCCUGACGCAUGCCUGUCUGUUGUGUGCAUCAGGACCGCAUGUCGUUCAUGUGGCGGUUCGACGAGGCCCGCAUCCGUGAGGUCGAGGAGGAGUUCGACCGAGAAGAGGAGGAGCGGAGGCGGGAGAUGAUGCAGCAGGAGAUGGGAUACGCCGCACCCGACUACUCACUCCAGCUGCCCGCAUUCAACGUCGCACUGCCCAAGGCGUCAGCUGGCGGCACGGACAAGGAGAGGGAACUGGUGGCAGCCAACAGGCUACAGGUGAGUGUGGGUGGGUCGCGCAGACAGGGAGGGAUGUCUUCUGUGUUUUGUGUCUUUCUUGUCAGGACGGCGUUCGUGGCACCGCGUCCAAGUUUUCGCUUAAGGAAGAGCGUGACCCCUCCAAGAUGACGUACGAAGACGUCAUGCAAGAACACUUGCGCAAGGUGAGCACCGAAACACACUCAACACUCAGCACAGCAGCUGUCUGUCUGUCUGUGUGGCUUGGCAUUGCCAGGAGUUGCGGCUCUUCAAUUAUCAGCGACAGAAAUUCAUGGAAAAUCCCAAUCUGGAGGUGAGUCACGAGGCUAUCCACCCAUUCUACCCUUCUAUUCUUGCGCAUGGAUGCGUGCAGGAGGAUGAGCUGUGGGGUCUUGGUCGCGACCCCAGUGAGCGCGUCAAGAUCUACCAGGGACUCGAGGACGUCACGCCAGAGGUCACAUCAACGCACACACACACGCCUACACAUCCGAAACGCCACUGUGUGUGUCUCUCUCUUCGUAUGUGUGUGUCAUGUUUAGGAGAGGGAUCGUGUGGUAUCGCUGAAUCCACCGGACGAUGCGGCCGCCGGUGGUGGCGCCCCUGUUGUCCCGCGGGGCGGCAGGGGGGCAAUAUAAUGACCACAUAAAGACACACACAGGCAGAUGGGGUCGGAUCGAUAUGUGCAUGUCUCGGUGUUUUAAGAGGAGGUCCUGUCCUGUGUGUCUUCGAGCAAUGGUUGGGAUGUAUCUGUGCUUGUAUGCCAAGUAAGUGUACUGUACAGCAUCAGACAGGCUAGAUGUCAUGUCAGCUGAUGAACGCUGCGCUGUCCGGCGAGCGAGGCCAGUCAACUCACUCACUCAGCCUUUGUGAAUAUGCGAUGGAGCGAGAGAGACGUGGGACCCUCAUGUUCGUUCAAUUGUCCGGUCCGGCC